AUGGCAGCGGAAGAUUCUAGAGAUGCUGAUUUCGAAAGCUCGGGUUCAACUCCACAGGUGGCCACUUGUGACCCAAGCACUAGUGUGGAAAAGUGCAGCUUCGAGGUGACAUUGGAAGAAGACGAUCCGGAAAACGUGGAAACGCAAAUGACAACGCCGCGAAAGUGGUUUGUCGCGCUUUUGGUCACUUUCACAUCGGCCGACAUCACAAUGACGUCUAGCUGUUGGUCCCUGGCGGAGGCCGACAUUAGACGACGGUUCCACAUCUCGGAAGAGGUCUCGGUAUUAGGGCUGUCGCUGUAUAUUUUCGGCAUGGGCGUCGGGCCGCUGCUGUUGAGCCCGCUCAGCGAAUUGUAUGGCCGAAGGCCCACUUUCAUAUGGUCGCUCGCGCUCAGCACCUGUUUUCUGUUUCUCACGGCUUGGGGACCCGACAUUGUAGCUCUGCACAUUGGCCGCUUUUUGUCCGGUUUUUUUGGCAGUUCUUUCCUCAGCGUCGCAGGUGGUGUCAUCAGCGACAUCUUCUCUAAGCAGCACAUCGGUGUGCCCAUGACCAUAUACACAACAGCUACUUUCCUGGGGCCCGCGCUGGGGCCGCUCGUCAGCGGUGCUUUGUCGGGAACCUCCUACCGCUGGACCUUUAUCGUCAUGAUCAUCGAAUCUGGGCUAUACCUUGCCGUUAUUGUGGUGGCAUUUUCGGAGACCUAUAAGCCUGUCCUGCUGUUAAGAAAGGCCGAGCGUCUACGCAAAGAAACUGGCGAUGAUAGAUACUUUGCACCACUGGAGACACUACGCCGUGAAACGUCUCUUCUCAGGGCCAUCGGGCUUUCCGCAGGGCGGCCCUUUGGACUUUUGACGCGCGAUCCCAUGAUGGGCGUGCUAUGUUUCUACACAGGACUGGUUCUCGCCAUCAUAUACAUGUUUUUCAUUGCCUUCCCGCUGGUCUUUUCAGGUCUCUAUAAUUUCACCACCGUCGAGGUGGGCGUCUCCUACAUGGGCAUCAUGACGGGCAUUCUGCUCGUGGCUCCAUCCAGUCUUUAUUUUCAAAAACGGUACACCCAAAAAGUCAAGCGUAACAACGGCGUCCAAGUGCCUGAAUUUAGAUUCGAGGCUCUAUUUUAUGGUGCAUUUCUCUCCCCCAUGGGUCUGAUGAUAUUUGCCUGGACUAGUUAUAGCCAUGUACAUUGGAUUGCACCUAUCAUUGGCACAGCUGUGUUUGGCGCAGGUGUGUUUUUUGUGUUCAUUAGCGUGUUUGGUUACACCGUUGAUGCAUUUCGUCUCUAUGCGGCUUCUGCAAUGGCCUGCAAUUCGUUUGUAAGAUCUAUGAUGGCCGGUGUCUUUCCGCUUUUCACGCUGCAGAUGUACCGAGGAAUGGGAUUAAAUUGGGCCAGCUUUCUAUUAGCGAUGGUAGCGAUGGCUAUGAUCCCCGUCCCGUUUUUGUUUACACGGUACGGCGCCUACUUGAGGUCCAAGAGUCCUUAUGCUUGGGAUUGA